UCCUGUGUGUUCACUGGUCCAGGGCGGUCGCGGAUCCCAUACAGACAGCUGACCAUGAUAUUCCAUCCUGCCAACUGGGCUUUUCGAAGCAGUGUGUGGUGCUGGCGAAGCCGGGCUGUCCUUAAAGCAGCGCUGAAGGCCUCGGACGUCAACGGUUGCCGUUGGUACUCGACCCCAAUUCGUGGCGGUGUCACGGGCAUGGAGGAGAUACUGGCGAGGGUCGUUGCACCUUUACCCACAUACGAAACGAGAGACAAAUACCCUCCUCCCCCCGAAUCAAACAGCUUGGAGUUCAUGCACUUUUACGGAAGUCUCGACAAGGAAGACAAACUCGGCUUCCUGACGAAGCUGUCGCAAGACUUCGGAGUAGACCACAAGGGAGUUUCAGAGCUCGCUUUGAGGCUGUUGGACGCUCAGCUACGAGACUUGGUGACCAUUCUGCAAAUUGAAGACAGGCUGCGAUACGGCCUGACUCCCCGUUAUAAACAGUUGCUUAACCAUAUAAGCAGGGCCGAGGGUGGGGUGAAGUUUCUGGUGGAUCUCCGAGCCGAUGUGCUUGAAAUAAUCUCAUCCAAAGCUUGCGAGACCCCGCACAUAAGGGACCUGAACGGCACCCUGAAGAGCUUGCUGUCCGAGUGGUUCUCUGUAGGUCUGCUCCGACUGGAGAGAAUCACCUGGCAGUCCCCCUGCGAGAUCCUGCAGAGGAUCAGCCAGUACGAGGCAGUGCACCCUAUAAGGAACUGGACGGACCUGAAGCGCAGAGUUGGGCCAUACCGCCGUUGUUAUGCCUUCACCCAUGCCGCCAUGCCAGGAGAACCCCUGGUUGUACUGCACGUGGCCCUCACUGAAGACAUCUCUGAUAACAUUCAGAGCAUCGUCCGUGAGUUCGCCACUCUUGACUUCGAGGAGGACGUGAAUAAGAUAAAUGCAGCCAUCUUCUACUCCAUCUCCUCCACUCAGGCUGGCCUUCAAGGGGUGGAGCUGGGCAACUACCUCAUCAAGAGGGUGGUCCGAGAACUACAGAGCGAGUUCCCUCACAUGGCCCAGUUCUCCAGCCUGUCUCCGAUCCCGGGCUUCUCCUCCUGGCUCCAAGGUCUGCUCAGCCAGUACAAGAAGGAAGGCCGGGGCUCUGACCUCCUCUCUGAGCAGGAGUGGAAGGAGGUGGAACAGGCCACUGACUCGGCCCCGGGGUCUGCAGCCAUUGAGGCCCUCCGCAAGCUGAUCGCCACUAGCGAGUGGAUGCGUUCUGAGCGCCUGACCCGCGUCCUGGAGCCCGCCCUGAUGAGUCUCUGUGCCUGGUACCUCUACGGGGAGAAGAGGCGAGGCUACGCUCUCAACCCAGUGGCCAACUUUCACCUGCAAAACGGCGCCAGCAUGUGGCGGCUUAACUGGAACGCUGACACCAGCCCAAGGGGCGUGGCAAACUCUUGCGGCAUCAUGGUGAACUACCGUUACUUCCUGAACGAGACGUCUAAAAACAGCGCUCUUUACCUGCAGAAUAAGGUCAUCGCUGCGUCGGAGCAGGUGCUGGGGCUGGUGUCCCAAUUUCAGAAGAGCAGCAAACUGUGAGAAAGAGACAAGGACAAACCCACAAAUACAAAUCUGUUCCGUUAGAUGGCACUUGACAUCAUUAAUACGUUAACUGACAAACUCAAUGAUAUAAUAUUUGACAUUUUAAAACUGCUUCAGAGACGUCAGCUGAUAUUGUUUUUGAAUUGAAAUUAGAACUUUUCCCACAUGACGUGUCUCAUCCCAUCGUCUGUAUGUAGUGCAUAGGUUAGGCUUCUUGCCUCAUUGGGUUUCUGGUUGAAGCUGUUUGAUAUUGUGUAAGUGCCUCUCAGGCUGAGAGACUGUAGCUAAUGAAGCAGGAGGCAUCUAUCAAUGCAUUACCAUGUUCUUGGAUAACAGUGUGUAAUGGUGAAGCACGAGCAAUGAGGGAGUGCAGCUACUGGAAUAAAUGAUGUUUAGAUUCUUU